CACUCACAGAUUUGUCCAGUGAAAUAAGCUGAACAAGUCGUGAGAUUCAAUGUCACAUACAACUCUAUAGUCAUAAUUCGUUUUAAAUGUAUGCAGACCAGUGCGUCCCACAUGUAAAACCUGUCUUUUGCACUGAACUGUGAGGAUGUUUGUGUUUGCCAGUUGGCUGUCAGGCAGCCCGUGAUUUCUGGGUUGAGGGGGUCCUGAGCGAAACAGCAUCACUGAGCCGAAUCUGACAGACACACAGGAAGGACUGAAAGAAGAGAAACUGGGAGCAAAAUGCAUAUUUAAAAAAUUCCAAGGCAAAUAAGAAUAGUCAUACUUCAUGCAGUACCAAGAUAGACAACGUUACGCUUUUAUUGUUAAUCUUAGACAAUAUAAAAAGACAAGGUAAAGUCCGCAGAGCAACAGCGCUAGGAAAGGCCGAGAUUCGAGAAGGGGUAAAAAAAAAUCACAAUAAUACGAUAAUUAGUUAAAAGACGUAACUUUUUAUAUUAUAUUAACAUUUAUUUCUGCUUUCAAUCGUUAUUUAUAUUAUUGUUCAUAAUAAUAAUAAUGAUUAUUAUUAUUUUCGACGAAAGAUUUGUAAAAGGUGUUCUGCAAGUUGGUGUGGUAAACUGAGGGGUUGUAAGGCAGGUGGGAGGGGGUUGACAGAUUCAGUGUUUAAUAAACACUGUUUACAUUGUUUUAAUUAUGGUUUUACAACAAAAGCCUUUGAAACGACUAAAACUUACUUAGUUUCUGUUUGUGUUGCUUGGGCCCCCCCUACACACAGGACGAGAUAGAGAGGCGGGGAAAUAUACUUCUACUGCUGAAAUGGUAUCGUUAUAUAGCCUAGGCCUAAUUAUUAUGUUGUAGAAUAAGUCAAAUAUGAAAGUAAAUAAACUAAAAUGACAAAACCAUAGUGUUCAAGUUGACUGGAAAAUGUUUUCGUCCGAUUCUGGGGCGCAGCCAUGAGAUCACGUGACCCAGCAGAACUCCCACGCUGAAUGCUCCGGAUCCAAAUGGUUUUUCUAGGUUUGCAAACAUGGGUGACAUGAAGACCCCAGAUUUCGAUGACCUUCUGGCUGCUUUUGACAUCCCUGAUGCCACUAGCUUGGAUGCCAAGGAGGCUAUCCAGACAAGCAACGAUGAAGCUGAUAGUCAUCUAAAGCCAGCAGGGAUGUGCAUGGAGGAGAAUAUAUCCAUGCACCAUGCAGUGCCUGUCCCUGACAUCCCAGCUGUGAGCGUGAUUGUGAAGAAUACAAGCCGCCAGGAGUCCUCCGAGUCCAGCUCUGAGAAAGACGGCAAUCCCCUUGGGCACAGCUUUUUGCAGAAUGGAUUUCAGAGCUCUGAAGUGGCCCCUGAUCCUCAUAACAUGGGGCAGGACAGCUAUGGAAAAUUUGAAUCUUCAUUCAUGAAUGGGGGUAACUCAGGGAGUUUCUCCAACAGAACUGAAGACCAUAAGACUGAACGUAUGCCACCCUUCUCUCAGUUCAGUCCUAUCUCCAGCCCGGAACCAGAGGAUUCUGAAAAAGAGGAGCGACCAAAACAAGAAGAGAGACCGUACUUCCCUGCUGCUUCUGUGUUCGUAUCUGCAGAACACUCUGUGUUGGACAAUCAGAGAAAGUUACCAGAGUUCAGUAUGUUUGAUCAGUGCUCCAAAAAAGAACCCAAGACUGAGACUGGAAGCAGCAAGGAAAAGGAGGUGGAAAUUAGCAAGUCAGAACAGUCCAGAACAGAGAUAAAGCCAAAAGACACUACCAAUGACCAUGCUAAAAACAACAGCUUUCUUGGCACAGCCAUGCUUCCUUUGGGUGACCUGCAGUGUAAUAAUCUGGGUGAGCCAAAGAAUACUCUUGUCUCUGAGACUAGCUUUUGCUCUUCUGUUCCUCCUCGCCAGCGCAUCAAAUCUGCAAACUCAAAACUGUCCUCUUGUCUAGCAGCUUUAGCAGCGCUCAAUGCCAAAAAGGUAGCUGAGGUUACAAAAGAAGAGCAACUGCCCGUCCCCAGAGAGCCUUCAGUGGCUAUCAAGGAAGCUGUCAAGGUUAGUCCCAAAAUACCCAAAUCACCUAAGAGUCCCAGAAGUCCUUUGGAAGUUGUGAAGAGAUCUUAUAAGCAACUAGAUAGUCCGAUGAGUGUUUGUAGUGACAGCAGUGGCAAAGCAUCUCCUUCCCUGGCUGCAGGUUCACCUCUAGCCAUCCCGAGAGUCAGAAUCAAAACAAUCAAGACGUCCUCUGGUCAAAUCAAGCGAACUGUCACUAGUGUGUUACCGGAUUCCGAACUAGAGGAGCUGCAGUCUCCUGAAUCGUCACCCUCCCAAUAUCAAUCUUCUGAAGACUUGACAUUUAAAUCGACACCUCCCUCUUGCAUUAGUACUGGAGUGGCUGUUGUUGAGAAUGGAAAGAACAAAACUAAUAACAAAAACACAUCUACGGUUGCUUCACCCAGCUUAAGCCAGCAGGUAACUAAUGUCAGACCAGAAGGGGGUGUUAAGAAGAAGGCUACAGUUCUGCCUUCAUCGUCGUUUCAGAAUGCAAGCAGUGCCAUCAUGAGGGUUGUAAACGUGGUCCAGCAGCAGCAAAAAAAACAGAAGGCUGCAGCUGCUCAGGUGGGGAGUGCCUCAAAUACUAACCUCCUUCCAAAGGCAGUCCACCUUGCUAACUUAAACCUGGUUCCCCACAGUGUUGCUGCUUCAGUGACUGCAAGGUCCACUACACAGCGUCAGAGGCAACCACAGUUAACCACACAGGUGGUGUGCAGCACAGUCCCACUGGUGCAUCAGGUGAAGAAAGCUGCCCCAGCGGUGUCCCCUGUCAUCCCAAAUGCAGCAGUAGGGGCUUUAAACAGGCUUUUGAAUGGUGCCAAUCCAGUGCCGGUUUACGUGCCGAACUUAAACCCCCCACCGGAAAGCAACAUCUGCUUGCCUGCCCGUGGCUAUCGCUGCCUGGAAUGCGGGGACUCCUUUGGACUGGAGAAGAGUCUGGCACAGCACUAUGGCAGGAGAAGUGUGCACAUUAAAGUGGCAUGCACUCACUGCGCAAAGGCGCUGCUUUUCUUCAACAGGUGUAGCUUGCUGGCUCAUGCCAGGGAGCACAAAAGCAAAGGUAUUGUCAUGCAGUGUUCCCAGGUCUUUAUGAAACCCAUCUCUCCUGACCAGAUGUUUGUAUCCACUCCUGCAAACUCUUCUGUGACCUCUGCCCCCACAUCUGUCUUAGCUGGCUUGCCUGUUCCUGGGAUGGCCCCAAACAACGAGCCAGUCAUGCCUUUAUACUCUGAGAAAAUUGUUCGGCAUGGACUCAAAUGCCUUGAUUGUAACAAGCAAGUCUCGGAUUACCCAUCACUUGCAGGUCAUUACCAGAGGUUUUCUGAGGAAACUGAAGGAUUGACGUGCCAAGUGUGUAUGAUGAUGCUACCUAAUAAGUGCAGCUACGCAGCUCAUCAACGAACCCAUGCACACAAGUCUCCAUAUUCCUGCCCUGAGUGUGGUGCUGUGAGCCGAUCAGCAGAUUUCCAGACACAUGUCAAGGAGAAUUGCCUUCACUAUGCACGCAAGGUUGGCUAUAAGUGUAUUCAUUGUGAUGUGGUGUUCAUGUCGUUUUAUGUACUAAAGAAUCAUAUUGAGGAAAAACAUUGUGAAGAGUUCUAUAAGUGUUCAGUCUGUCCAGUGGCCUUUAAAUCUGCGGACAGCACUAUCUCACACAUCAAAAAGAGCAAACAUCCGCCUCCCGAAGCAUCUCCCCAGCUGAUCUAUAAAUGUUCCUGUGAAACCGUAUUUAACAAGAAGCAGCUGCUGUUCCACCACUUCUGUCAGGACACCAAUAAGCUGCUUGUCUGUGUGUUCAAGUGCCCUGAAUGCCAGCUUGUCUUCAUGCACAAACAGUUGUUGAUGCAGCACUUCAAGGGUGCCCAUGGCGUUGCAAAGCAAACAGAGGUACCUGAAACUUUGAGACAAAAGUCUGAGACUGUUUCACAGAGCCAGGAAGCAAGACCAUCAACUGGACAGCCCAGGUCUAACAGCACUACAAAGCACCUUGUGGACACCCCUUCUGUGCAUAAGUCAGAGAGCAAGAUCAAGUUAAAGAAUGCUGGCUGGACCUGUGGGGAGUGUCUACACUGGCUCCCGGACCGGGAAACUUUUGUGUCUCAUAUGAAGAAGAGUCAUGGAAGGUCAAUGAAGAGGUACCCGUGCCGUCAGUGUGACCGGUCGUUUAAUUCUUCUACCAGUUUGCGACGUCAUAUACGCAAUGACCACAAUGGCAAGAAAAAAAACUACACCUGCUGGUAUUGCACCGAUGAAAAGGUUACUUUUACUAAACACUUCAUGCUGAAGAACCAUAUUAGUCUGAUGCAUGGGAUUAAAAACCCAGACUUCAGCCAGAUGUCAAGGCUAGCCCCUCCGGAGAAAAGCAGCAAAACAAGUUCAGAGUCGUUGGUGGCAAAAAGAACCGCAGAAGAUGUCAAUAUGGAAGGGGCUGAGAAUGCUGUGUCCGACGUCUCACCUGCAAAAAAACUGAAACCACAGUACAGGUGUGCAAAAUGUGGCUACUCGACAGAGAAUGCUACAGAGUUCCAGGAACACAUACCUCAGCAUAAGACAGACAACUCCACCUUCCAGUGCCUGCACUGUUGCCUGUGUUACACAUCUCAGAUGUCUCUCAGUAGGCAUCUCUUCAUAGUCCAUAAGGUUAAAGAGGCAGUGGGAGAGGAGGAGGAGGAGGAUGAAAACUUUCAGACCGUAAAAGACAAUGAAAAAGGGGGAGUGACGGAUGCAAUUGGGGAGACCAACACUAGCUUAGAGGAAGGAAUAAUGGAGCGUCAGUGUAACAUUUGUAGCAAGACUUUUGAUGACGAAUCUGCAUACGUAGCUCACAUGCGGAUUCAUGGAAUGUCAUUUCUAAAGACAAUGCAAAGUGGAGGUCCUGAACAAUAAGCGUGAAAACAGACAAGCUGCUACCCUUUUUAGAGCGGAAACAAAUUAAGCAGCUUUAAAGUAUGGUACAAGUAAACACCCUAUGUUUUCUUUUCUUAUAAUGCUGAUCUGUGAGAUAUAUUUUAAAAGUAGACAUGGUAUAAUUUUGUAGCAUGUAUCGCAUUCUUUCAGCUCCCUCCCCACCCCAAAGAAAUUUCAGGUUUUAAGAUUUUAGAACUAAAAUGAGUUGAUUGGUUGAAAGGUGUGGUUGAAGAAAAUGAAGGCAUUUGCUUUUGAAAGUAUUCCCUGGUGUACUUGCAAGGAUUUUUUUUUUUUUUUCCUUUUGAGAAUCAUUUAAAAUUCAGCACUGCAGAAUGACUACAAAGCAAACAGAUCAGUUUGCUUAAAAGAAAGGCAAGAUAGAAAAAUAAAUGUUCUUUACAAAUUAUGUAGCAUGUAUUCUUUAAAGCAGUAAUGUCAGUUGAUGAUAUAAUUCACAGUAUUCCCAAGCCUCUGUUACUUGUACCAGUAAUUUAAAUUCUUAGUGUAGUUAGUUACACAUCAAACGUUAAAAAAUGUUUAAAAUACUGCCACCCUUUUAUUCCUGUUCUCUGCCAUUCUCAACACACAAGAAGUACAGUCCAUGCAGCUUAAUAAUAUUUUGAUUCCUGAAGAGAUUCUACGUCUGUAUGUCUGCAUACGUGUGUUUGUUACUUUUACCUCAGAAUGCAGUGUAAUGCAGCUGCUGCUCAGAAUGUGUGGUGUGCUCUUAAAUCAAGUAAUGACUUUAACUUUUAUAAGAAUUAACUGCAUAUUUAUAACAAUAUUUAAAACAUAGUUAAAGGCAACUAAAAUAAUCAGAGAACAAUUGGGAAUCAAUUUGGUUGGCUCAAUUCUAAAAGGUUAUAUUGUUGUUUUCUUUUUUAAACAUUAAUAAUAAAAAUAAUAAUAAUAGAAUAUACUCAUUGAUCAGAAAGCUUAGUAUUGCAGAAAGGUAGAAAUUCUAAUCAGGUACAUUUAGGGAAGAAGUGAUGGACUUGGAAACUUGAUAGGUUUUUAAAGAACAGAUGUGUAAAUGAAUGAGGGGUUAUUUUUGAAUGGGAGUGUUUCGUUCCUGGUAAUAAAUCCAGUAUGGCGUGCAAGGGCUUGGUAAGCUUCAGCUGCUGUAUGAGAACGGCACAUUCAAAUGUGUGUUUUUAAAAGUAUGCUGAAGUGGUUGCUGAAACAAAAAAUCAAGGUGGAUGAUGACUGUACUGUGUUCAUGCAUUCUAUAUAUAUAUAAAAAUAUUAUAAUAUCUUAUCUCCCAUAUUACUCAAUUUUAUAAAUUACUUUGGAGAUUUAUAUUUAAUUGUAGUCAUAUUGACUUUUUUUUCAUGUGAACUUUCUAUUUGUGCUGUACUUCCUUGUGCAUCUCUUCCCACAUGCAUUUUGAACAUGUAGUAUGUGUUUGUUUUUCUUUUGAACCAGAAUCCAGCCCUUAUUGUUUACUGAAGAAUGGCUAAUUUAAAAUAUUUAUCUUAUUUUAUUCAAAUUAUCCACUUUUGAAUUUCAGUGUUUUUGAUACAACCUAUACAGAACAUUUGUACUUUUUGAUAAUGUGUACAGUGCUAGCCAGUGUAUAUAGCUAGUAGAUUCACAUGUUUAUCAAGGCUAUUUUCCAGGCCAUCACAUCUAUUUAAUCUGCAUUGGCCUUUGUGCCUUGCUGUUAUGUUUACUUAAAAUUAUUGCAAAUAAAACACAUAUUGCAGAAAAUGUGUGGUUUAAAAAAAAUGUACUUUGAUAAAACUGAUCUUUUUGCAUACAUGUCACAAAAUAAAAUUGAAAAAAAAAUUCAAA